AUGGAGCUGGCCAUGCGGAGGACCACGGCCAGAGUGCUGGCAGUAGUUGCCCUCCUGGCCAGCAGCGGGCUCUGGCGCUGGGCUAGCCCGGCUCGCUCGCCCAGCGGCCCCGGCGGCUGUCUGCUGGGCUCGGGCACCUUGGCGGACUCGAAGCGGCCUCACGGCGUCACCGAGUCCGGCCACAGGUGCCUCGACUGGAGCCGGAUCCCGAAGAUCGCCGAGAGAUUCCCGAACAAAGGGCUGGGCGAUCACGCCUUCUGCCGCAACCCGGACGGACGCCGGAAACCCUGGUGCUUUAUCCGAAACCAGCGGGGACGGAUCGACUGGGCUUAUUGCAACUGCAGACACGGUUUAGUCAGAUUGCAAGGAGGUGUACAUGAAGGUCGGGUUGAAGUUUAUGUGAAUGGAAGAUGGGGACUGAUAUGCAACAAGAAUUGGGACAAUCGGGAUGCAUCAGUUGUUUGCCGACAGCUUGGAUACGGCGAAAGUGGAAAUGCUGGACAAGUCCUUGUUUCUGGAUUGGUACUAAUUCACUGGAGUAACGUUCAGUGCCGAGGUGAUGAACACAAUUUAUUUGAGUGUGUGAAGGAGACUAGACAGCGUGGGGAUUGUUUUUAUAAACGGGCAGCAUCAGUUACGUGCAAUCCCCCCAAAGCACCUGUAUUUGUUCCAAUUCGAUUGGUUGGAGGGAGUUCUGAAUAUGAAGGCCGAGUGGAAGUCUAUCGUUCAGGUCAGUGGGGAACGGUGUGUGAUGACCACUGGGAUGAAGCUGAUGCUGAAGUUGUCUGCAGGCAACUAGGAAUAAGUAGUCCAGCAAAGGCACAGCCACUGGCCUAUUUUGGAGAAGGUUCUGGCCCCAUAUUACUGGAUGAUGUGCAGUGCACAGGGAAUGAACUCUCCAUAGACCAGUGUCCCAAAAGCUUAUGGGGUGACCACAACUGUGGGCACAAGGAAGAUGCAGGUGUUUCCUGCAACCCUCUCAGGAAUGGUGCUGUGCGUCUGGUCGGAGGGAAGGGUAGCCAUGAAGGACGACUUGAGGUGUACUACGGUGACAAGUGGGGAACUGUCUGCGAUGAUGGUUGGACAGAGCAGAAUGCUCAAGUUGUUUGCAGGCAACUGGGAUUCAGAUAUGCACAGAAUCCCCCAGAAAGACGGUUUGAAGGAGGCUCUGGGCCGAUUUACUUGGAUGACGUCCGCUGUUCAGGUCAGGAGUCGUCACUGUCUUUUUGCCCAAGAAGCGAAUGGGGAAAGCACGAUUGCAGCCACCACGAGGAUGUGACUGUCAUUUGUACACAUAAUGCUGCGAAUGACAUCCAGGGAAUCCUUUUCGGUCCCCCUAUCAGAUUGAUGGAUGGAGAAAAUAAGAAAGAGGGACGCGUUGAAAUUUUUAUCAAUGGCCAGUGGGGAACUAUUUGUGAUGAUGGAUGGACUGAUGAGGAUGCCACUGUUGUCUGCCAUCAGCUGGGAUAUGAGGGCCCAGCUAAGGCAAGAUCACUGGCAUAUUUUGGAGAUGGAGUGGGUCCAAUACACUUGGAUAAUGUGAAAUGUACUGGUUCUGAGGAAAGCUUGUCAGAUUGCAUCAAGCAAGACAUUGGAACACACAACUGUCGACACAGUGAGGAUGCAAGUGUGAUUUGUGACUAUCAGGGCAAAAAAACUGGAAAUCUAGGAAACAUAGGGCCCACAUCUACUCUCUGUGGCUUACGAUUACUGAACCAACGGCAGAAACGGAUCAUUGGUGGGAAAAAUUCUUUACGGGGCGGGUGGCCUUGGCAGGCCGCCAUCCGGCUAAGAACAUCUCAUGGAGAUGGGAGAUUACUGUGCGGUGCCACUCUCAUUGACAGCUGUUGGGUUCUCACUGCGGCUCACUGCUUUAAAAGGUACGGCAACAGCACAAAAAAUUACAUUGUGCGUGUUGGUGAUUACCAUACAUUAGUACCUGAAGAAUAUGAGGCACGUUUUGAAGUGAAGAGGAUUAUCAUCCAUAAGGGCUACAGGCCUGAUGCUAAUGAUUAUGACAUUGCAUUGGUCAAGCUAGAAGGACAGCAGGAACAUUGUGCCAAAUUCAGUGCCCAUGUUCUGCCAGUAUGUCUACCACACAGGAGAGAGCAGAUACAAAAAAGAGGUUCAAACUGCUACAUCACUGGAUGGGGUGACACAGGAAGAGCUUAUUCAAAGACCCUGCAGCAAGCUGCCAUCCCGUUGCUUCCAAGAAGGCAUUGUGAGGAGCGCUACAAGCAGAGGUUCACUGGGAGGAUGAUCUGUGCAGGAAACUUACUGGACCACAAACGAGUAGACAGUUGUCAAGGAGAUAGUGGUGGACCAUUGGUGUGUGAAAAAGCAAGAGGACACUGGGUUGUAUUUGGUGUAACGUCCUGGGGACAUGGCUGUGGUGUAAAGGAUACCCCAGGUGUCUACACAAAAGUCUCUACCUUUAUACCUUGGAUUAAACGUGUGACUAAACUGUAAGCAACUCGGAUCCAAGAACAUGCCAGGAGAUUUGUGCUGACUGCUGACUCAGCACUUAAUGGAGUCAUCCAAAUUCUGACUGCAACAACUUUAUUGCGACGCCAAGAGCACUUCCAUAACUGAAAGACAAAUGCAAAACAAAAAAAAAACAGGGCUUCUACAAAUAUAAAUUAAGCAACAAAAGAACUGUCCUUCAAAGGGCUGACAGACAUGUUUGGGAGAACUCUGCACCGACAACUUUUACUUUGUUUAAAUGUAUUGUACAAUGUAUAGUUAUUUUUGUUUUCCUUCUGUUCUGGUUUUCUGCAUUUUCCUGAACUGGGAAUGCUUUGUCAAAACCAUGGUGCUUAUUUAUUUAUAGUCUUUUUGUAUUCUUUGUCACUCAGUGAUGCCCCAACACAGAGAGGAGCUGUAAUAUUCCAGACUGUCUAAGGGAUUUUGUGUUAAGUUCAGUAUAAUGUCCGGGUUAGCUUCAAAAGUACAUCAGGGCGACUAUAUUCUGUGCAAUAAAGAGAAAACUGCCUUGCCUCUAUUCAUCAUUGCACUACAAGGAGCAGGACAAUGAAUAAACAUGGGACCUUUGGCUUGUUAGAAAGACUUAUUCUUUUAGGUUAACAAAUGAACCAGUGAAAUUUGUGCCAAUACUCCAAUUAAUGCUGACAGUAUUUAUAUCUGAAAUAAUUGAAAGAAUUGCACUACUUUGUAAUAUGGGAUUUUUAAAACUCAUUUUAACAAAAAAGAUGCAAGUUUCAGGAGCAAGAAAUAGCUGGAAACCAGCAUGAACAAGAAAUUUCAGUCAAAUUGUUGCUUGCCCUGAGAUUCUGUUGAUUACUUGAAAAGUUGUUUAAACCUUUUUGCGAACUA